GGUCUGGGUUCCAAACAGCGUUUAAGUUGACGAGAAAAAGUGGGAGUAAGUUAAUUGAGAGAAGUGAGUGACACGCUGUGCCGGAGUUUUGGUCAAACACAAGCCUUGUCCGACAGCUGAGGACAGGAUAGUCUACUGAUCACUUGUUAGACGAAGAUCUGACAGGUCUCUUGUGUUGGUGCCAACAUGAGUUGGAGCUUCUUGACACGCUUGCUUGACGAGAUCUCCAACCAUUCCACUUUUGUGGGAAAGAUCUGGCUCACGCUCCUCAUCAUCUUCCGAAUUGUCCUGACAGUGGUGGGCGGUGAGACCAUCUAUCAAGAUGAACAGAGCAAGUUUGUGUGCAACACACAACAGCCUGGUUGUGAAAAUGUAUGCUAUGAUGCUUUCGCCCCUCUGUCGCACGUUCGAUUCUGGGUUUUUCAAAUUAUUAUGAUCACCACACCAUCCAUUAUGUACCUGGGCUUCGCCAUGCACAAAAUUGCUCGAAUGGCCGAUGAGGAAUACCGACCACAUAAGCGCAAACUGCUGUCUAUGGUUCAUCGCGGAGUGAGCCGUGACUAUGAUGAGGUUGAUGACAUGGGUGAGGAAGUUCCCAUGAUCUUGGAGGAGGUUGAGCCAUCUGAGAAGGACACUAAAGCUGCAUCUACAGACAAGUCUGCCGCUGCAUCCAGUGUUUCAGAUACAAAGCAUGAUGGCCGUCGUCGCAUCAAGAGAGACGGUCUUAUGAAGGUUUAUGCGUUACAAUUAGUCUCUCGUGUUGCCUUUGAGAUAGCCUUCCUUUUUGGCCAGUAUAUUCUGUAUGGUUUCGAAGUGGCACCAUCAUACAUUUGCACUCGGAGCCCUUGCCCACACACGGUGGACUGCUUUGUCUCACGUCCCACUGAAAAGACAAUCUUCCUGGUCAUCAUGUAUGUUGUCAGUAUACUCUGCCUGGUGCUGACUGUGCUGGAAAUCCUUCAUCUGGGAAUCGGUGGUGUAAGGGAUGCGGUCCGCAGUCGAUCGACUCGGAGGUUGCCCAUACAUCGGCCAUCCACAUCCACCAUCUGUCAUCGCCUUGCCAGUGCCCCACCGGGAUAUCAGACUGUCCUGAAAAAGGACUCUUCUGGCAAGCUCAAGCCUGAAUUCUUGGGAGACUCGGGACGGGAGUCACUGGGUGAUGACAACACUAGCCGUGAUAUAGACCGUCUGCGGAGACACCUGAAAUUGGCACAGCAACAUCUGGACCAGGCCUACCACGCUGAAGAAGUAGGGCCUUCCCAUAGAAGCGGUCCCGACUCUCACAGCAUUGCAGUUGAGCAAAACCGACUUAACCUAGCACAGGAGGGCUAUGUCAACGCUGAGGAGAAAGAAGCUCAUGCUUGAAGCACGUUCUCCUAUUCAGCUGCUCUCCAUCAAAAACAACCCGACUCCAGGCUGAGAUGCACAUUUAGGAGGGCAGUCGUUGACAAGAUUUUGUGUUUUUCCUGAUCUUCUGACUCCUCAUCGAAUGGACUAACUCAAGGAUGAGAUGCAAAUAAUGGAGAGCAGUUAUUGACAACGUUUUGUGUGCGCUCCUCUAUUUGUAUAUCAGAAAAAGUGUUAUUUACAGUAUUAAAACCAUAGCUGCCAUAUGUAAUGACAAGGAAAAUCACCCGUUCUUAAAACCCACACUACUGGACCAUUAUCUCCCAAGAAAUUAUAUCUGCUCACAUUGUUUUGUAACAACAGCUCAAGAAGAAAGACACAUUUCCUUACUGUGUUGUUGAUGAUAUUUUCAUUAUUGUUAAUUAUUGUCUGUUUUAGCGAAUUGAAGCCAGAAUCAGACAUGUCUUCCAGUUCAGAUCAUUACAAUGAAAGAAAGAUCCAUCCUUGUCUACAAAGCCCGAAGCAUUUGUGUUUUAUGUUAUGUCCAGUAAAGUCUGCCUGUGUGGUCUGAUAUUUUUGGAAUAUUGUCCUGUAUGUAAAUGUCAUAAGGAAAGGUGCUUUUCACACAGCGCUGACAUUGUGUUUAGAACUUAUGAAUAAAAUUAUUGCAAUACAUGUGCAUUUGACCAGAUUUCAAAACUACUAAGAACCUGGAAAAUGCUUGAAUUGUUUAUUAAAAGGUUUCAUGCUCUGUAUUAUUAUAGGAAUUUAAAUUUGUGGUGUAAGUAUGCAACAUGGUGUUGCUUUACGUUUAGUAUGUAAUAUACAAUAUCUGUGGUUUUCAUGGGAUUUUUUCUUUUUUUUGUCUUUUCUUUUUUCUUUUUUAUUUCUUUUUAUUUUUUAUAUAUUUCAGAUUUUGCAAUGACUCUUAAUGCACGCUAUUUCUGGCUUUGUUGGUGAUCAAAGUAAUAUUUAAAGGUAUAGUUCACCCAUAAAGGAAAAUUCUGUUGUCAUUUACUCAUCCUCAAGUUGUUUCAAACCUGUAUACAUUUCUUCUUCUCCUUCUCUCCAUAAUAUUUUUUCUUUCUUUCCCAUACUAUAGAAGUCAUCAACUGUUUGGUUGCCCAUAUUCUUGAAAAUAUAUUUUGUGUUCAGCAGAAGAAAGAAAUUCAUACAGGUUUUGGAACGACAUGAGUAAAUGACAGGAUUUUCAUUUUUGUGUGAACUGUCCCUUUAACUCAAAUUUGUACACCUUAAGAAAUUGAUAGUAUUUUGACAAAUUUGUUUGAAAUUGUGUACACAUGAAAUGAAGAAUUUUUAUUGUUUGAUAAAUUCUGUUUUCCUUCAAUUGUAAGUCAUUUUGCAUACUACCAUCUGCUAAAUGAAUAAAUAUCAGUGGCCUAGAAA